CUGCUUUCUCAUUGUCAUAACGCCGAGGAGGAAAAUGGCAACUCCAGUGUGCGUUUGCAGUCCGCAAUUCAGAUCGAUGUUGUAGGCGCGACCAUGAGCUGAACAUGGGAUAUGUUUUAUCCAGCUGUGGUGACACUGGGCGAUAUGCUGUAGAUCUUUCCCGACAUCUGCAUUGCUUCUGAUUUGAAGACCGGCUGUGCAUCGCUGGAUGAGCAUUGAACAUUCAGGCUGACCAUUGUUAUAUGCAAUAGUACACGUGUUGUAUUUAUGCUCAAUAUCAUACAUAUUUAUGCGCCGAUAGCUUUACAUAGAGCGGCUCGCCUAUGAGGCUUUGAUGAGUCUCUUUUUUUCUCAUCUUUCAAUUAUUUAUUACAUAUUUCGGAUAUCAUCAGAAAAUGAGUGAACAGAGUAUAUGUCAAGCCCGAGCCUCUGUCAUGAUCUAUGAUGACACCAGCAAAAAAUGGGUGCCUGUCAAACCGGGUCAGCAGGGCUUCAGUCGCAUCAACAUCUACCACAACACUGUCAACAACAGCUUCCGCGUGGUGGGAGUCAAACUGCAGGACCAGCAGGUCGUUAUAAACUACUCCAUUGUGAAGGGUCUGAAAUAUAACCAGGCCACACCAACUUUCCACCAAUGGCGUGAUGCACGGCAAGUUUACGGGCUGAACUUUGCCAGCAAAGAGGAGGCCACCACCUUCUCCACUGCCAUGCUGUUUGCGCUCAAUGUCCUGGGCUCUCAGGAUGCAGGUCCAGGAGCACAUCGUCAGAAUGGACCGGUGACAGAUGAUGGCGAGGCUCAAAGGAGGCAAAUGAUGGACCAGCAUCAGAUGCAGAUGGAAAGGGAACGACGAACAUCUGGUUCUGCAGUCUCCACCCUUCAGUUUAAAGUGUCAGCAUGUGCCUCUCAGUCCGAAACCGCUCUGCAUGACCUCAGACAAUAUCGGGCUAACACUCUUCCCCCUUCCUAUGCUCACCUUAACCCUGCUGCAUCCGCCCACACCACCACCCCUCCCCUCCAGGAGGGUGGUUACCACAUGGUGGACUCGCCUCAAAAAAAGGCCCAGCAGCUUUCCCAGCUAUCCACCUCUCUGGCUUCUGCUUUCUCCCCUGUGCAGCAAGGGGUGGUCCCUCCACCUCGCAACAUCAAACAAAUCCCUCUUUCCCCUCCGACAUCCCAGCAGGACCUCAAACACGCCACUUGGUCCUCUGCCCAUAUGUAUACCCCCUUACCCACUGCAUCGCCCCCAGUUGUGAUGGCAAUCAAGCAACCUGGCCUGCCUGUCGCCCUUCCCCUGCCACCCCUAAAUAACGGCCCCAAAGCUCCCUCUAAUACAUCCCACCUGGACCCAAUAACGCACCUCCAGCAGUCGUCCAAUGGCCAGGCGGAGGAGUGUUACCCGUAUCAAAGCCCUUCUGGAGGUCCUCUGCACCCACAUUAUCCCAUUCAAGAAUCGUCCUGCCCCCUUCCACCUCUCAUUGGCCAGCCAGUCCAAGGCCCCGGCCUCCACCCACAGCAGCUAUACCAGACCACACCCCCUUUUGAAACCACGCCCACCUCUCACACUACGCCCAAGACGUCUCCCUCACCAGUUUAUCAGAAUGCAGCAGCGGCCAGCACAGGUCCUCCCGUCCCACCAGGUCAUCCCUCUAUGCUCUCUUCUGCCCCUCCUGUUCACCCCCCUACCUCAGCAUCCAUGGUGGGACCACCAGCCCCUCCGCCCCCUCCCGGUCCACCUCCGCCCGGUCCGCCUCCACCUGGACCACCGCCGCCCGUCUCAGGACCCCCUCCAACUCCACCUCCACUGCCGGCUGGUGGAGGUCCUGCUCCAUCAGGUCUGGCCGCAGCACUAGCCGGUGCCAAGCUGCGUAAAGUUCAGCGGCCAGAGGAAAACAGCAGCAGCAGCAGCAACAACAGUAGCAACAGUAAGAACGAUGCCAGUCGCUCCAGUGGUGGCAGCGGUGGAGGUGGAGAGGGUUUAAUGCAGGAGAUGAACGCCCUUUUAGCAAGGAGGAGGAAGGCCUCAGAGAAACCAGAAGACAGUCAAAAUGAAGAGUCUAAUGGAUCCCCUUCUUCCUCCCGUGGACAAAACUCAGAUCCAGUAAAAAAGCCAUGGGAACGGGCGAACUCUGCAGACAAGUCUUCAGCUGUGUCAAGGGCAAAACCACUCGGAAGCACCAGUGAUGCAGAAUCAUUCGACUUUGACAGAAUGAAACAGGAGAUCUUGGAGGAGGUCGUUCGGGAAUUGCAGAAAGUAAAAGAGGAAAUAAUUGAUGCCAUUAGAAGGGAACUGCUGAGAAUUGGCUCCACAUAGUUUUAUGAAAUGUCAACGACGACGACUGAUAACGGCUGAAGGUUCGGGGAAGUACAAGAAAGCGCACGUAAAACAAUUCUGGCAGCAUGUCUGCAACGGGACGGAAACCUCAGUUGCAGAAAUGUUGCACAGACAAGGCAUUACCAAGAAGGACAAGGGAAAGCUGAGGAAAGUGAGUGAUUGUGUGUAUGAAUGAAAGAGCAGAUGGAAAUAUAGACCUUCUCACUGAAUUUUCUAUUUCCUCCAGUAUGAACGUUGAGACAGUCCACUGUGCAGCUUGCUGCUCUCGCUCUUUCAAGUCUUUAAAGUCGACAAGUUGGAAUUUAAUGAAGAUAUUUUUGUUUUCUAAGUUUAUAUUGUUUCAUUGGUCAUUGUUAUUAUUGUAUUAUAUUAAAUAAGAGAGAUACAAAGUUGAA